AUGUCUGCUUUCCGUGCCUCGCUUGCUGCCCGCGCGGCCUUCCGCACGUCGCCUCGUGCGUCGUUCCGUGCGACCCCCAGCGCCGGUUUCUUGAAGCCUGCGUUCCAGCCUCACCUCGGCAACACUCUCAAUGCCCAGUACGCGUUCAAGUGGGUGCCCUCGCUCGCUUUCUGGGGCUUCACUGGCGCCGUUGCGGUGACCAUUGCCCUUAGUGGUGUGCCCCUCUUCCAGGUUGACGUGCUCGACAAGACCCCUGUGGUGCGUACUGCGCGCAAGAAGGAUGCCUGGUUCUACGAGGUGACCCUGAAGCGCCUAUGCCUUCCUAUCUCGUCUAUGCCGUUUUCUCGUGCGGUGCCGGACUCGCUCCUUGACCGCAACGCCUCUUGGUCGCAGGACUUUGCCGUGCACCAGCCCGACCUUGCGAACGCACUCAAGGAGGGACAGCACCCCAAGGUCUUUUGGAUCGGGUGCAGUGACUCGCGUGUCCCCGAGAGCGUCGUGUGCAAUGCCCGUCCCGGUGAGCUGUUUGUGCUGCGCAACGUCGCGAACCAGUUCCACCUGCACGACGACAGUGCCGUGAGUGCGCUGACGUUUGCUGUACAGGCGCUGGGCGUGGAGCACAUUAUCGUCGUUGGUCACACCUCGUGCGGUGGUGUCCAAGCGGCGGUGAAGCAGGUCAUCAGCGAGCAGGACGAAAAGUAUCCGGAGCCCAAGGCGAACACUGCACUGAACCGGCACCUGACGCCGCUCACGGACCUGGCUCGCUACCUGCGUGUCAAGGUGCACGAGCGUCACACGUGGGACGAGAAUACGAUGCAGAAGCAUCUCGUGCCGCUCCUUGCCGAGGCCAGUGUCCGGAAACAGAUCCAGAACAUCUCGGAGCACCCCGUGGUGCAGGACAACUGGAACCAGAAGGUCUCGCCGCUGAACGGCAAGGUCAACCCCCGUGUGACGAUCCACGGCUGGAUCCACAACCUGGAGAACGGCAAGCUGAUCGACCUCAACGUGUCGAUGCUGCCACCGCCGCUUGGCAACGAAACGUCCUCUUCAUAA